UUUUCGUCAGUUGGAUUUCAGAACAUCGAACGGGCGGGCGUGUGUAGGAUGGAUAGCUAAAGAUACCUCGGUUUUUUUUCAUCCCGUCUUCUUACAGUGUUUGUUUAAUACCUUCCGGCACACUAUCCGUGAAUCCUUCUCGACGGCGGUGCUUUUAAAUUAUUUUAGUAUUUUGCGUUAAUUUUCUAAAUCUUGUCUUAACGCCUUUCCGAUUUCACGUCGAGAAGGUGGCCGCUCAAGUUUGAAAGCGGCUAUACAAGAGUAGCAACACCCACUCGUUACAUUAUUGUCGCUGUAUCUAAGCAUCAAGCAAACAUCAGAAUGGUUAAGAAGAUAUCUGAAGAAAGUGUAGAUAGUGGAGUAGGCCGCUGCAGCAGCCAGUCGGGCAGCGAGCGUGACUCGGACGGCGGCAGCGGUGCGCGGGCUGAGCCCUCCGCUCCCAUGGCCAUCGCCGACAGCGAGGAGCUGCAGCGCCGCAAGGAGGAGGCCCGCAGGAAGCGCCGCAGGAAGAAGCGCUCCGGCAGCUCCGUCGUCACUUCGUGCUUCCAAGAUCUGUACAAGCUGACAGGGGAGGUGCUGGGCGAGGGCGCGUACGCAUCUGUGCAGACAUGCGUCAACAUCUACACGGGCCGAGAGUUUGCAGUGAAGAUCAUAGACAAGGUGCCCGGCCACGCCCGCGCCCGGGUGUUCCGCGAGGUGGAGACAUUCCACUACUGUCAGGGACACCCCAACAUCAUCCAGCUCAUUGAAUUCUUUGAGGACACCGACAAGUUCUAUCUUGUCUUUGAAAAGAUCAACGGUGGUCAGCUGCUGUCGCGUAUCCAGGAGCAUCAUUAUUUCUCGGAGCCGCAGGCGGCUGAGAUAGUGCGCGAGAUCGCAAACGCGCUGCACUUCCUGCACGGCAAGGGUGUGGCUCACCGCGACCUCAAGCCGGAGAACAUCCUGUGCGUGCACCGCGACAGACUGUGCCCCGUCAAGAUCUGCGACUUCGAUCUCGGCAGCGGCAUCAGCUUCACCUCCAGCCUCGCCAGCCCGCUCGCCACGCCGCAGCUCAUGACACCGGUGGGCAGCGCGGAGUUCAUGGCGCCGGAGGUGGUGUCGCUGUUCGCGGGCUCUGCGGCGACGCACUACGACAAGCGGUGCGACUUGUGGUCGCUCGGCGUGAUCGCUUACAUACUGCUGUGCGGUUAUCCGCCGUUCCGCGCCGACUGCGGCAACGACUGCGGCUGGGAGCGCGGCGAGAACUGUCGCGCCUGUCAGGAGCUGCUCUUCACCACUAUACAGGAGGGUCGAUAUUCAUUCCCGGAGGAGGAGUGGGCCAACAUAUCUUGGGAGGCGAAGGAGCUGAUCGGGCAACUACUGGUACGUGAAGCUUCGCAUCGGCUGAGUGCCGAGCGCGUGCUGCAGCACCCCUGGCUGCGCCGCGCCGGCCCAGCCGACAGCCGCGCCGCGCCGCCGCUCAACACCCCGCGCAACAUGCAGCGCAAUAUGUCGGCUCGCAACCUGUCCAACUUCGCGGAAUCGGCGAUGGCGGUGAACCGCGUCAUUCAGCAGCACUUCUCCAUGAACUACUCGUACAUGGAGCGUCCGGCGGGCGCGCUGCGCUCCAGCAAGUCGUGCCACCCCAGCCCCGACAUCUUCGAGGACGAGCUGGAGCGUGCCGGCGUCGCGCUGCAGCGCUGCAUGGACGAGUGCUGCCCGCCGCUCGGUCUCUCGCCGCCGACCGAGUCCCAGCUGCUGCGUCGUCGUCUGCAGCAGCCGACCGACAAGUCUGUGCAAGUGCACUAAACCACCCCCCCACCGCCACCGAUACGCCCUCAACGAUCAUGCUACCGACCUACAAGUGAAACGUCAUACUAAAGACAGUUCUAUUAUCUAGUUUGUGAGCGGAUGAAUCCAAGUAAACCUUGUAAGGAGUAGUAUAUUUGUCUGUAACUUUAGCUGUAAGCACAUGGGUCGGCUUUAUGCUUAAAGUGUCCGGUUUGGGAUCUGAGGACUCGAAUGUCUUGCUAGUGUUUGUGCACUGUACCCGCCGAUUUGCCUCGGCCAACAUUGUGCGGUUGUGCUUCUCGGUCUCCCCUGUGACGUCACACCUAGCGAACGAACACGCCGCGAGCGCGUGUCAGUGAUCCGUCACAUUCCAUCGAACGCCGCAGUACAAGAUUCGAUCCCCACCGCGUUGUGAAGACCCCCCUAAUGUAUCGCUUGCGACCGCAACUAAAGAUCCUUGUCAAAACAUAAAAAACUAAUUUCGCACUCGAUUUUAUUGUUAAUAAAAAACUUUGAGUACAAUUUAUACCUCGAAAGUCUAUGCAAAGUUCAUUUUUUUAAAUUUUAAUUGUCUAGUGUGAAAUUAGCAUAAAAACGUAAAAAAAACAUUUGGAGAGUAUAUUUAGGUUAGUAUAUAGGCAAAGAUCUGUCGCUGGUGUCGCAAGCGACCUAGGACAGUUAUUUAAAAAGUCGCUGCAACGUCCGAUCAAAGCUUAAGAUUCAGGUAGAUGUUUCGAAUCUUGUCGCAACAUGAAGUUAAACCGAUGUUUACUAUAUGUUAUAAUUUGAAAGAAGGGCUAAAAAUGUACCUAAUAAUAUAACUGCUGUUUUUGUUUAUUGUUUUGUAGAUUAUUAAUAUUUGUAAAUUAACUUACUGACAAUUGAUGGUUCGAAUUCCAGUGGUUUCAUACGGUUAGCCAAAUAGUGUCGACUCGUAAAUACCGUUCCGUUAAGAGCAUGAUUUAUUGAUGUUCAAUAAAGCAUUAAAUUGAACGGCUAGUUAGAUACUAGGCAUUUCCGGUGUCGGCUUUUAUGUGACUUCGACAUAAAAUUCGGCUAAUAUUUGUCCCAAGCCGAGUGUAAGAAGUUGCAAUAUAAGUAGUGGAUGGGGCGUUGCGGCCACUGGACCGAGCGACGGCGACGGCACUUCUUCCAGUGAGACACGUUCGUUCGCGACUCUACUGUCAACGGUACUUAUACCUUUAACAGUUUUAUUUGAGCCUUUUAAAGAUAUAUUUUUAUGGAUAAAUAAAAACGACUGAAUAGUUUUUAUCGAUAUGUAGAUUGUAUUUGUGAGUUUGUUGCGGAGACCGUUGGUCGAUAAAAUCGUAUUAUAUGAAACAUAGUUGUGCUGAACUGUACAUUAUAUUCGAUAACAGAUUAUUUUCAUUUUGUUUUUCUCUCCGGAUUUAUGAAAUCCGCUGUACAGAGAGGAGCUUAUUGUGUGAUCGACUUCCGUUCGUGGCCUAUCCUUUAUUUUGUUGUAUAAAAACGAUGUGUUAAAUUUUGUUACUUUUCGAUAGCGUGUUCGGAAACUAGUCUGUUAUGUGAUUGUUUUGCAUUUUUACCAACCAACCACAUCUCAUUAAUUAAGAUUGAAUCGAGCUAAGUUUUAUACGGGAGUCAAGAGAAAUAUGUGACAUUUUGGCUUAAGAAUGUUUCGAGACUGCAGUCCGGCGCAUGUAUAAAAUAUAUUUAUGUUAUUAGUAAUACAUACUAUAUAAAUUCUAGGGUGAAAAUAUCUGUCUUAAUUAGGAGUAAGCAAAAUCUCUGUAGUAGGAUCUACAUCAAAGUAUUUUGAAUCUUUAAAAUUUUAGACUACACAACACCCAAUGUGUCUUCCAUUGUUUUGUUACAAAUUUACAACAAAAAAAAUGUCAAAUCAAAGCAGUUUAUAAAAUCAUUUUGGAAUUGUAAUUCAAUUGUUUUUCAUAUGUUUAAAUCUGUAUACAUGUACUCGAAUGUAGUAAGCCAGAAAUGGGGGGUGUUUCGCUUUUUUUAUAGAAAUAUAAUUAAUUUUGUACUUGUUGUGAAAGGGAGACCUUGUGAACUGAAUUAAAUGAAAUGUCAUAUAUUUUGUUCUACUUGAACAGUGUUGGUUAAGUGUUGCAUGGUGUUCCAUGGAGCUGCCAUAUAAUUGUGAUCAGUUUGAAUACUUUUUGUAAUAACGGAGAAUGAAGUGUUGAGAUAAUGUUAAGAGUAGACCUGCUAGUUUGUAAUCCUGCAUGGAAGUUUGAUUGGGGGAGAGGUGAGCGCAGCGCCACCUAUGUUAGAACAUUAUAAUUUCUAUUUCCACAAAUUUUAUGUAUUUUUCUUUAUCAAUUGUAAUUGUAAUGUUUUUUUUAACCUCUCCGUUGGCUUUAUCCAAUCAAAUUGAAACUUUCGCAGAACUUUGUUAAAAUUUUGUUUCGACUAAAUCAUUGAUUUAAAACUCAUUGAAAUACAAAUGUUUGAAUUUCCAAAA